GAGCAGCUCCUGUGGGCUCAUCCCAGCCGGCAGAGCCUGGAAUAGAUUCUGGAAGCAAGCACAUCUUGUGAGCCCCCAGCCCAGAAACGGCUGCCACCUCGGUGCACGCAGGAGCUGGGAGGAGAAGGUCAACAAUGCAGUUCUUAGCCUGGUUCAAUUUGCUGCUUCUCCUUCCUUGUUUUGGUACCACCAAAACCUGCUUCCCUGGGUGCCACUGUGAGGUGGAAAGCUUUGGCCUCUUUGACAGCUUUAGCUUGACCAAAGUGGACUGCAGUGGAAUUGGCUCACACAUUGUUCCUGUCCCCAUCCCUCUGGAUACCUCCUACUUGGAUCUUUCCUCGAACAAACUGGAAACUAUCAAUGAAUCAAUGCUUACUGGGCCUGGAUAUACCACCUUGGUGAGCCUUGACCUGAGUUACAACAACAUUGCUAAGAUUUCCUCCACAACCUUCUCUAGACUUCGGUACCUAGAGUCCUUGGAUCUGAGUCAUAACUCUUUGGAAGUCCUUCCAGAGAACUGUUUCUCCAGUUCUCCUCUGGGGGAUAUAGAUUUGAGCAAUAACAAACUUUUGGAUAUAACAAUGGAUGUUUUUGCUCCAAAAGGUCAAGGAAAACCCAUGAAUGUGGAUCUUUCCAAUAACAUGUUGAGCACAAUUACAAGGCACCAUGCAAAGAACAUCCCCAACAUCCAGAAUUUAAAUCUUUCUGGAAACAGGAUAACAUCUGUGCCAAAUCUUCAGGGGCUUCCUCUACGAUAUUUAAAUCUCGACGGGAACCCAUUAGUCAAGGUUGAGAAAGGGGCCUUUACAGGACUGAAAGAUUUGAUUCAUUUAUCUCUUAGCAGCUUGCAUGACUUUAGAGAGUUAUCUCCUUAUAGCUUCAAGGAACUACCAGCCCUCCAAGUUCUGGAUUUAUCCAGCAAUCCCAAUCUGAAGUCAUUGAGUGCUGAAGUUACUUUUGGUCUCAACUCCCUACAAGAGCUUAACCUCUCUGGGACAGGUGUGUCAUCCUUGCCAAAGACUGUGCUGAAAUACCUGCCUUCCAUCAAAAGCAUCACUUUGGGGAAGAACAUACAAUGUCUUAAAACCAUCAGAGAAGGACAGUACCACCGACAAACUGGGGUGACCAAAAAAGAGGUCCUUAUUUGUCAUGACAGCCAUGGGUCUGUAGCAGCAGCGCCUUACGUAUCAUGAUGAAAGCUGGGAAGAAGGGUUUGGAAAAAGAAGGGCUGGGAGGGUGAGGGACCACAGGAAAUGUACAGGUGUCAGACUGAAAUGGUUUGCAGUGUGCCUUUUGUAAAAUUGACAGUAAUUUAUAUAUUUGUACAUGCCAGUACUUGAUGGUUUAUGGAUUUUAUAAACUCUCAAAUCCCGGCCCAUACAUCAUUUUCAGGCUCUGGAUUCCACCCAGUGUAUUGAAGGCUACAUCCAGACUGCUAACUCAAGAAUGAUGUUGCUGGACAACAGGGACCAAGAUGCUCUGCAGGUCCCAGGGCAGAACAGCUGGUCUGGCACAAACCUUCAUGGACCAGUUAUGUUUGCAGGAGCAAAGCUAUGUCUCUCCAGAGGGCACACCAAAACAUAACAGCUCAGUAGCUAUUCGUUUGCAAACCCACGCUUCAUCCUUUUUUUUAAUUAUUAUUCCUCAAGAAGUGCCUUCCGGACGUUGCCUCCAUUAGCAUCACCCUGUUCCUUGUCAUGCACUUUCAGUCUGAAGAAGUAUUUCCAGACUAACCUGAAUACAGGGUGCUCCUAAUGCGCUGAUUUUUACAUGUUAUUUGCAUAGAUGUGCAAUGAACAUUGAGUAAGUGAAGAUUGUUUCCCCUACUUCUUUUCUCUCCAUUUUCACAUUUCAUGGUCUUUUUUGUGUCAAAUUGCUUUAUAUCCAACUGUGGCAUCCUCCUGUGUUUUUAACCUUUAUGAGCCACUGCUCAGAGAGGGUAAGUAGCAAGGGAAGAGAAAUAAAGAGAGAGRAAUCUGCCUACAGCUGACAGCUGACCUGGGAACUGUGAGAACAGCCAUGAAACCGAGUUGCAAAGAGAUCAUGUCACCUAGUUUAAGGGGAAAAAAAGAAAAAAAAAUUAAACUCUCCAUUCUUUCGGGGAAAGCUGGAAGAAUACUUGACAAGGAUUCUUCUCUUGAUGACCUUAUCAAACCAUGGCAGACCCAGAUGACUUUGGAAUAAGCUAUUUUCAUGUUGAUGUUCCCAUCUGAACAGAACAUGUACAAUUCAGCUGGGCUUAUGUGAAGCAAUUUCCAGUGCAGAAAUGCUCUCCAGAUCGUGCCAGGGGAAGAAUUAACACUAACACCUGCAACUCUUGAGAUACUUGCCUAUCAGGGGAAGGAUCUUGGGGGAUCUUUUUUCUCAGAGUUGUGGUUUUUCUCUCUCUCACACAACUACUUGGCUGCCAAAAGGAAUCUGAUGACAAGUCUGGUCCUCAGAGUUCUCCUUACUUUUCUCCACAUUGAAAUGCUGGCAAAGUAAAGGAUAGUCCCUCUCAUUCUCCAUUCUCUCCAGGUCUGGAGAAAGCAAUGGAAGCAGCAGGACAUAACUCAACCCAGUGGCUUUUGACCUGCAGCUCCUGCAGUGCAUGUAGAUGUCCAGUCCAAAUCUGGCACACCAUCCUGGGGAUGGGAAGGGAGGUUGUAGGUGUGGAUCCUGGUCGGAUG